GCUUAUCGUUAAAUCCUACAACCAUUUGGGGAUAUAAAUCUACAAUCAUCAAUACAGUACUUUCCAUACACCUUUGUAACCCUAGUGAAGUCAUCAGGAGCCGCGAAGCUGCUGUCCACGUGGACUGGUGCUGAAAUCUCUCGUCUGGGUACCAGGCACUGCCAUUCCAAACCAAGAGACAUGGCAACAAAUGGAACUAAGGUGGCAGAUGGACAAAUUUCCACGGAAGUCAGUGAAGCUCCUAUCACAAAUGAUAAGCCCAAGACUUUGGUUGUAAAAGUGCAGAAGAAAAGAAAUGAAGAUCCUGAAAGAGACACCUGGAAAGGGAGGUUUGACUUCCUUAUGUCCUGUGUUGGUUAUGCAAUUGGCUUAGGAAAUGUCUGGAGAUUUCCCUACCUCUGUGGAAAGAAUGGAGGCGGUGCAUUUCUUAUCCCAUAUUUCUUAACCCUGAUCUUCGCUGGGGUUCCCUUGUUUUUACUGGAGUGUUCUCUGGGACAAUUCACAUCUAUUGGAGGACUUGGUGUAUGGAGACUUGCUCCAAUGUUUAAAGGUGUGGGGCUGGCUGCUGCUGUUCUCUCCUUCUGGCUAAAUAUUUACUAUGUUGUUAUUAUUGCCUGGGCCAUUUAUUAUUUAUACAACUCAUUCACCAUGAAUCUACCUUGGAAAAACUGUGACAAUCCAUGGAACACAGAGCGCUGUUUCUCCAAUUAUUCCCUUCCCAACACCACGAACAUGACCAGCGCUGUGGUUGAGUUUUGGGAACGUAACAUGCACCAGAUGACAGAUGGCUUGGAGAAACCAGGCCAAAUUAGAUGGCCACUAGCUAUUACCUUGGCUAUUGCAUGGGUGCUGGUCUAUUUUUGCAUCUGGAAAGGAGUUGGCUGGACAGGAAAGGUGGUCUACUUCUCUGCCACAUACCCAUACAUCAUGCUGGUCAUUUUGUUUUUCCGAGGAGUGACUUUACCUGGGGCCAAGGAUGGAAUCUUAUUUUAUAUCACUCCAGAUUUCAGCAAGUUGUCUGAUUCUGAGGUGUGGCUGGAUGCUGCUACCCAAAUCUUCUUCUCAUAUGGACUGGGACUUGGAUCAUUAAUUGCCCUGGGAAGUUACAACUCCUUUAACAAUAAUGUUUACAGAGACUCAAUCAUUGUCUGCUGCAUUAAUUCUUGUACAAGUAUGUUCGCUGGUUUCGUCAUCUUUUCCAUUGUCGGAUUCAUGGCACAUGUGACAAAAAGACCAAUAGCACAAGUGGCAGCUUCAGGACCUGGAUUAGCAUUUUUGGCUUAUCCUGAAGCCGUCACACAACUGCCUGUUUCUCCGCUAUGGGCUAUUCUUUUCUUUUCCAUGUUGUUGAUGCUUGGAAUUGACAGUCAGUUCUGUACAGUUGAAGGCUUCAUAACAGCUCUUGUAGAUGAAUUUCCAAAGGCGUUACGCAAUCGAAGAGAAAUAUUUAUUGCUAUUGUCUGCGUAGUCUCCUAUCUUAUCGGGUUGUCAAACAUAACUCAGGGUGGCAUUUAUGUAUUCAAAUUGUUUGACUAUUAUUCAGCCAGUGGUAUGAGUCUUCUGUUUCUGGUGUUCUUUGAGUGCAUCUCAAUAUCCUGGUGUUACGGAGUUAACCGAUUCUAUGAUAACAUUGAAGAAAUGGUUGGUUACAGACCAUGCCUCUGGUGGAAACUGUGCUGGUCUUUCUUUACACCCCUUGUUGUAGCGGGGGUGUUCAUUUUCAGUGCCGUUCAAAUGACUCCUCUAACCAUGGGAAACUAUGUCUUUCCUGCCUGGGGCCAAGGUGUUGGAUGGUUCAUGGCCUUGUCUUCGAUGGUGCUGAUCCCAGGAUACAUGAUUUAUUUGUUUGUAUCGCUAAAAGGAUCUUUAAAACAGCGCCUACAAGUCAUGAUACAGCCAAGGGAGGAUGUUGUUCACUCAGAAAAUGGACCCGAACUGUUGUCUAAGAGUAAUUCAGCAAACAAGGAAGCCUAUAUUUAAAAACACUGUACUAAGAAAAUGCAAGUGUAAUGUUUUUUAAAUACAGAAUGGUUGACAUGACCACAUAUUUACAUCUGGAAUAAAGAAUUUACCUACCUCCAGUGGCAAAAAAGGGGACCACCAAUAGCAGAGCACAAGGAAUUCAACUAGGCUAUUUUCUUACAGUUUUGUGGAGUAAAAUGAAUGGUUUGUGUGUUCAGGCAAUUUAGACUGUUACUGUUUUUAUCUUUACUGUGAGAGUUGAAUUUGUAAACCGACACCAUUUUUAAAGUUGUAUUUGGCUAUGAAGAUACGAGGUUUUUGUGUGACUGAUUUUUAAUUCUGUAUGGAUAAAUGUCUUAAAAAAUGGAUCCCGAGAUUUUGAGUAUGUCAAUACAAAUAUUAUUUCUCUCUUUUUUUUAAUCAACAUUUUUACAGAAAGGAGUUAUCACUUAGAAAAUGUUUAAACAUAUAAUUUUAAAGAGUAAUAUAAACUUUUUUUAAUGUUCUGAAAAUAUUAUAGUGAUAAUUUUCUUAACAAGGGUAGCCAAGCACAAAUCAAACAAAUGUUUCAAGGGACCAAAUUUUACGUGUAUCUUUUGUAGCAAACAGAGGAAUUUUAGGACACCAGCUUUGCAUUCCUUUCAGUAAAUUUCAUUUCACAGUAGCACAAAUGACUGCACUAUGAAUGCAAUAUUUAAUUCAAUUACAACAACCUUCUCAAUAAUUGUUUCUACAUUAAGGGCAUUCAGAUGAACAUGUCUCUUAAGUAAUUUAGUCACCAUGAGGCACUGAUGUUGUAAGUGGUAAGGAUGAUGACAACUUUCAGAAAUAUUCCAUAAAUAAAAGACACAAAAACUGAACAAGGAUGCCAAAUUGUUAAGGAAAAAGACACCCUUUUGCCACACAACACCCUGGUUGGAUCUACAGCACCUUCUAAAUGGUCAAAAUAUUCAUAUAUUUAAUUAUAUAAAUAAAAGAACAAGUUGAAUUGCUUUUGGCAUUGCUUGGCAUUUACAGGAGCAUUUUAAAUGCCUGUGAAGGUGUGACUGUGAGAGAGAUGCACAAUGAACUUGCUAGUUAGCCAAGUCCUGUGCUUUAAAAAAAAAAUGUUAUAUAGCACAUGUACUUUAAGUAGAACUAUUAUGUGAAAAUAUGUUUCUUGUGAAUGUUAGUUUGGUUUGUCAUUUUUGUCCAAAGAGUAGAAAAUAAGACAAAGAUAUAUAUGUUCUUGCAAUAAAUUAAUAUUCUCAGAAUGUCAAGCACAUUUAUUGUAGAAAAUAUAUACAAAAUAUUUUAUCAAAAUUUGUUAAACAGUAUUGUUUAGUAGACCCUGAGCCGUCUCAUACUCAAAUGUAACAUAAUCUGAAUUAUAAUGUUUAAUAUGUCUGUAGCUAAACCAGGCAAUAUGUCUUGUUGUAACUUUAUUUUGUAUAAACCUUCCAUUCUUUGUGAGAUUAAUUUGGUAUCAGAGCCAUCAAUAUAUUGGCAACUGACUGCUGUUUAAUAUAUGUACUUCAGUCCAAUGUUGUUUGAAUACCAUACAGUAUUUAAAUGUAUGAUUGUACACAACAAUUACAUAAAAAA